AUGAGAAGGGUUACCCAGUUUAGAAAUAUCAGGCUGUUUAGAACAUCCGCUUUAGCUUUCAAUGGAGAGAGAGUCAACCAUACAGCAAUCACACCUUCAGAAAAGGAGCAUUUUAAACAACUUGCGGACACUUGGUGGGAUAGCUAUGGGCCACAGAGAGUCCUACAUAAGAUGAAUCUUUUGAGAAUGGAUUUUAUAGUUGACAACAUUCGGUCCCACAUUAAAGUCAACGAAGGUGUUCAGAAUGAAGAUGAAAAAGUGUUCGUUCCCGGAUGGAGCCAUCAAAAUUUACUACCUUCAGAAAUUUCCAACCAGAUUGAUCAAGAAUUGGAUAAAGCAACUCUUAAGAUCUUCAACGAUAAAAAGCUGUCAUGUCUCGACAUUGGUUGUGGUGGUGGUCUAUUAUGCGAGUCCCUUGCACGAUUACCGAAUGUGAACGAUGUUACUGGAAUAGAUAUGACACCUGAAGUUAUAGCUGUUGCAGAAGAGCACUUGAAACUGGACCCUAUUUUGGAAGGUAAACUAAAGUACAAGUUGAGUUCCUUAGAUGACAUACCAUUGGAGGAGAAAUACGACCUGGUAACGUGCAUGGAAAUGCUGGAGCAUGUGGAAUAUCCAUCAGUCGUGUUGCGUAAAGCUUUGUCUCAUGUGAAACCUGGGGGAUAUUUGUUCUUGUCCACAAUCAACAGAGAUUUUGUCUCUUGGUUUACCACGAUAUUUAUGGGGGAGACAAUUUUGAAAAUUGUUCCACCUGGAACACACACAUACUCCAAGUACAUCAAGGAGGAUGAGAUCAGGAGUUUUGCAGAGCAAAUGGAGGAGUUUGAAAUUAUUGACUCUAGAGGAUGUGCUUAUUUUCCAGCUGUGGGCUGGAUAUAUACUGCAACACCAAAAAUUGGCAAUUACUUAAUGGCGUUCAAGAGAAACCCCGAAAAGGCUUGA